UAGUACGCAUCAUUUGAGACGGCUCCUUCCGCCAUUACAACUUUAACAGCACGUGUGUUCAUGGUUUUGACAUAUUUUUGUCAAGAUUUGAAUAGAAUAAUACUUCAGUAAGCUGAACGGGUAUUUAUUUUUAGCUACAAACCUAGACGUAUGGGGAGCUUAAAACGUCGUAUCCGGCACACUGGGCCUGAGCCUGACGGUCGUUUCUCAAGCCCUAAAGCAAAGGUUCAGUCUGAUCUAGUGGUUUGUCCUACAUUAGAUUUAGAAGCUAAAAGUACUCCCAGAAUUAUGGGGCUGUCUGGCAGGAUCAAAAAACUCAAGUCUUUCUUAUUGCGCGACCUUGGCAUCGUCUUGCCUAUCCUGAUUGGCAUAUGGUGUGUACUCAUCAUUUUACGCCUGUCAUUGUUGCGUGGACAGCGUGGACAGCUUGAAGAGUAUGAACAGUAUGAACAGUAUAAACAGUGUAUAGAGAUCUGCAAAGCAAGAAUGAUGGCAGAGAUCGAAGCCGCUAUGAACAAUGCCGAUUUGGAUGUCAUUCUCAGUAACUCGGCUGACCAGUUCGUCAGUAUCAAAGACAUACUGAUUGAACUAGACAACACUGGCCAGCUCUACAUCAGCAGCAACAUGAGAAUGUCUGCCGAUGACGUCAUACAGAAACUCAAGCAGCUUUUACAGGACGGCAAACUGAAGCUAUCUGUAGUGAAGAAAAGUGAGAGCAAGGGCAAGGUCAUGGAACUUGGAGACAUCAUGCUGCUCGGCUAUCCCAAAACUGAUGGGAGAGAACAAGCGCAAAAUAAAAGCCUUGAGAAACCCGAAGGACACGACCGAGACCUUCUACCCUCGCAGUUCAUCUAUCUCCAUGAUACAAGAAUCUAAAAAGAUCAUUGUAAGCCUGAUAUCUAACCGUGUUUUGGAUGGUCUAUGUGAGCCUCUAGCGGUGAUUGGUGCUUGGAUAUUUAGAAGGAAAAUUAAACUAUGUCUCUAAACAGUUCGCUAAUCAGCAUUUGCAAUACAUUUUGCUGGUGAUUUGUGAUCGAUCAUUGAGUAAUUAAAUGUUACUCCAAGCAGUUUUGUUUUUUAAAACAACAGUUUUAAUAUAAGUUAACUAGUGCAGUAAAUGAAUUUUAAUAAAUAUUGCUUUAAGAA